AAGCCUAUUAUGAAUUAUUUGUGAAUUUUAUAAAACAAUUUCACAAUUUACACGAUUUUUUUCAACCCAAACACGCCCUCCUUUAAAUCCCAUUUGAAUCGUAACGACAUUUCCAAAUGCGACGCCGAACAGUUUGACGUGUGUCACGUACAUGUGACAACCCCAAACACAAUCAAAACAACAAAAGUGUAAACAAAUGAACCUGAUUCAUCAAUUAUCGCUCCACACCACUAGUGCUGCUGAUAAUUUCCCCGAUUUUCUUCUGGAUUAUUAUGUAGAAAUCAGUCGAAAUGGAGGCCCACGUAUCAGCAAAUCAUCUCUACGCAACGCAGAUCAAAGAGUACGGCAACUUCCUGAAGGAUUACGACCAAAAGCUCGCUCAGCUACAUCUACCCACACUGUCCGAUGGGCUGGUGCCGAGUACUGUUCGGCUGCACUAUGCGUGUGGCAAUGAGGAGCUCUCAAUCGCUCGCAUGAUAGCGAGCAACAGUAUCGUUGGUGGGAAAACAAAUAGCUCCACUGCUGCCGGGUCCAACAGCAGCACCAUGCCGCUUAACAAAAUUCUAUCCACUUUCGCACAGCUAUGCUGCGAGAUUGAUUGUUUGGAGCAGGAGGGCCGUACGCUGGUGCGCCAAAUCUACGAACGUACCGAAUCGUUCCGUAACGCCGAACGGUCGGAACAACAUCCGCCCGUACUGUGGAUAGCGGAUAACAUCGAUCUGAUGGGCACGGUGCAGUGCCAGUACGAGCGUUUGCGCGAUGUCGGUGUGCUGCUGUUGCGUCAAAUCGGUGCAUUUUUCGACGAAGAAGCAUCGUACGGGCGUGGAAAACGAACGAAAAAGAACGGACUAGAUGGAAAGGGUCUACCGUCGCUGGAAGUGGACUACCUGUUCGACUACGUCGGCAAACUGCUACGGGUCACCCUCGAGCUGGAUCACAUGCUGUGGAAAACGUCUCUCAAGGCGCACUGGCGUUCGUUCGCGCAAAAGCUACGCCAGCUGAGAAAGAUAACCCGCACCCAGAAGGAAACGUAUCACGAUCUACUGUCCGUGUGCGGUAAGUUCGGUUACUGGAUCGGUGAUGAAGGUACGCCCGACAUUACGGGCGUCAAGCGGCUGCUCGAGGCACUGUACAAGGUGAAGACCCGCUUCGAUCCCGUGUCCUCCGGGGAAGCAUUCAGCGAUCGGUUUAUGAAGUUUUUGAAGCGCAAACUGACGACCCUCGCGUCGACCACCGUUCGGCCACCGGCCACUGCGAAUGGGAUGGAUUUGACCCAAGCGAACGAUGUGAUCGGGGUGAAUGUGUUGCUCAACUUUGCGCUCUACCUGUUCCUGCCCAUCGAGCAACGUAUGCUGAAGAAUCUGUUCGAGCUAAAUCUCAAGUUUCCACUGAUUCCGCUGGAAAACAAUUACGCCUGGCUGCCGGACGAGUUCGUGCAGGAGCACGGCCAUAAGCUGCUGCGGGAUUACGACGCCAGCGCGGCACCCAUCUCGGUCAGCACGCCACUGUCGGCCUGCUUCGAUUAUCAGAAGGCACGCGACAACUACCUGAGCACGAUCGAAAAAUCAGCCACACAUGCCGUGCUGUGUCAGCAUGCGGCCAGCUGGCUGGUGGAAGCUCAUGCACAGCUACGCAACCGGCCACCGACACCGGGAGCCUCCCAGGAGGCGGCCGGAAACUUUACGCUCGAGAAUUUACGCAUCAAGUGCGGUCUACUGCUGGAGGGUAUUCGGUUGGUGCGUGAAAUGGAAUACGUGCUGGGGACGCUGUACGCUCUGUACGGUCGUUGCGCCACGGAACGGACGGACCGGCUCAUACAGUACCGACGCAUGGUGGUGGAAUAUUUACUCUCGUCGCCGUGUCGCUCCGUUACCGUGCCCUGCCUGCAGUUUAUCGUGCAGCACCAGCAGCACAAAAUCUAUACCAUCGUCAACAACGCCAAGAAAAAAAUACUCCGCGAAGCGAAGGAAUCGAAAUCGACCGCUAACGGUGCGCUGUGGCUGGAAAAGCUGUCCGUUAUCGAUGCGCUGGAAAAGUGCCUGCACGGUCCGGCCACCCCGAACCGCGUCGGCUUGGCACGGCUAACGAUUGCCCUCUGCCACGGCAGCCCGCCCACCUCCGGCACGCCACUGCUACCGCUCGCGGACGAUGCUUACCGGCGGGUGGAAUCGUUGCUCGCCCGGCUCGCCACCUUCAUCGGGUGGGAGGACGAAUGUAACCGCAUCGAUGUGGCCGACCGGUACACGGCCCUGCUCAGUGCAGCAGCCGUUCGGCAGCAAGCCCUCUCGGCCAGCGUCGUGCCGAUGAGCAACCGGAUCGAAGCCUUCAUACGGUGGGAUUUCCAUGGCAAGUGGCAUCAAAUCGAACCGUUCGAUCCGUUCCGGGAUGGAGCGGCCGGUUCCGGUUCGGAUGCGAUGGCCGGUGAGCAGAACCACACGCAAAAGCUGGUGUUUGCCUUUCUGCGCACCAGGGUCACGCAGGAAGCGAACGGGAAGUGGCUCUGUACCCGGCACUCGGUUGCGCAGCACUUGAGCGACGUGUUCUAUACGCUGUCCACGAUUUCACCGUCCGAGUGGCGCAUUUAUCGCGAGAUGCGUGCCAUUGUGGACCGGAAGUACGGUAUCCGGUUGGUGGAGGAUCAGCUACCGCGCACAACGGCCGAGGAUAGACGGGGGCCGCGCGGUCACGGCCAGGACGAUGAUGUGCUGGCGUUGAUGGAGGACUUUGAAACGUUCAUCGGUUCUUACGGGUACGAUCUGCACGGUCAGCUGUUUAUCGAACGUCAGCAGGCAGUCGGAGCAGCUGGUGGAGGUGGUGGUGGCAGCAGCGGUGUGGUAAAUGUGGUUAAAAUUGAACACAUUGCCAACUCGAUCAAGCGACACGGGCCGGGCAUUAUAAGCACAGUGGUGAAUUAUGCGUUCCAGUUCCUGCGCCAGAAACUGUUCACGUUCUCGCACUUUUUGUACGACGAACAAAUACACUCCCGGUUGGCGGCGGAUGCAAAGAAGCUGGCUACUGAAGCUGCUGUUUCCACGAGCACUGCCGGAUCGAACCUGUCGGCCGGAGGUGCCAGCACGGCCAGCUACACGUACGAGCGUGCGCUUGCCUUUAAUCGACGGAUUCGUAGUCUCGGCCUAUCGGAUGAUGGGGAAACGUAUGUGGAUUUGUUCCGCAAAUUGAUCUGCCAAAUAGGCAACGCGAUGGCCUUCGUACGGAUGCUUCAUGCUGGCGCACUGCACGAAUGCACCGGUGCGGCCGAAUUCGUCUCCAAUCCACCGAUGGCAGCAGAAGCGGAGUCGGACGCGGAUUCGCACCCAACCCUCUCGCAAGUCAAACAAUCGGUCCAAGUCUGGAAACGAGACAUGGCGACCGUACGCACCAGCUGGCGUUUGGAGAAUGAAUUCUUCCGCUUGCUGCUGAACGCUUUCGAUGGCUUUCGGCGCCGACGGACGAACCAGCCGGCGGACGGAGAAAACGCUUCUUCGCCCGCGGAUAGUUUCGCCCAUUUGGAACUGUUCUACCUGAUCAUUCCACCGCUCACGAUCAGCUACGUGGAGGCGAUGCUAAAGGCGAAGGAAACGAUCGCGAAAAAGGAUCGCCACGGAACGUUCCUGCCGACGGACGAUGGUUUCGUGAUGGGACUGUCCUACCUGCUGACGCUGCUCAACCAAACGGCCGCAUUCAAUUCGCUGCACUGGUUCAAGGAGGUACACACCAAGUACGCGCGGGAAAUGGCAAAACUCAACCAGCAGACGGCCGGUGGUGGUGCGAACCCACUGCAGACGGCAUCGACCGAACCGGCGGACGAAAAAAUGCUACCGACCGUGUCGCUCACCCGCAAACGGUUGAACGCGAUGCAGCACGAGUUCGACCAGCUGCAGUACAAUCUGUCCAGCUCGAAGAUAUUUUUUAAAUAGAUUAACCACAUAGGCGUGUUGUAAACAUUCCGCUGUCUGCAUGCAAGAGCAUCUUAUUUAGCCAUGUGCAAUAUACACGAGUUUUGAGUAAACUUA